AUGGGUGCUUUCAGGUUUCACCAGUACCAGGUCGUCGGAAGAGCUCUCCCUACAGAGAAAGAUGAACACCCCAAGAUCUACCGGAUGAAGCUUUGGGCCACGAACGAGGUUCGCGCCAAGUCCAAGUUCUGGUACUUCUUGAGGAAGCUGAAGAAGGUGAAGAAGAGCAAUGGUCAGAUGCUCGCCAUUAAUGAGAUCUUUGAGAAGAACCCGACAACCAUCAAGAACUUUGGGAUAUGGUUGAGGUACCAGAGCAGGACUGGAUACCACAACAUGUACAAGGAGUUCCGUGACACGACCUUGAACGGAGCUGUAGAGCAGAUGUACACGGAGAUGGCUUCUCGUCACCGUGUGAGGUUCCCUUGCAUUCAGAUCAUCAAGACAGCCACUGUCCCGGCCAAGCUGUGCAAGAGAGAGAGCACCAAGCAGUUCCACAACAGCAAGAUCAAGUUCCCGUUGGUGUUCCGCAAGGUGAGACCACCAACCAGGAAGCUCAAGACCACUUUCAAGGCCUCCAAACCCAACCUUUUCAUGUGA